GAGGUUAUAAAAGCUCAUACGCAGCCCAUUCCUCGCCACCUUCCAUGCACUUAACGAUCUGUCGCUUCCCCCCCAUUGACUGUCCUCUGCGGCUGUCGAGCUGUGGGUCAGACACCGACGCUAACACUGGAGUUCUAACAUUAACAACGGGGGCUCCCGUUUAAAAGCGCCGCAACAGCUGACUAACCAGCGCAGUGUGAUCACUUGCAACCCUCUCUGAAACAUUCAUUUGUUUUGGAGAAUUGCAGUAGAUAUCCUCUGACCACUGCCGCCGCACGUCCUAAAUCGCCCCUCAAUUUGGAGAAAAUGGUGCAAAAUAAGAUCACCGAAGUCACUGGAUUCCAUCGCUCUUUCAAGGGACAAAAUCCCUUUGAGUCAGAUGACUUUACUAAAAAUGGAUCCCACCUCAUUGAUUCAUUUAAUUUUGACCCCUCCCCAAGACAUGACAUGCCUUCCAGCCAGCCCAUCGACAUCCCCGAUGCCAAGAAGAGGAACAAGAAGAAGAAGCGUUGCCGGGCAACAGACAGUUUCUCUGGACGAUUUGAAGAUGUGUACAGACUACAGGAAGAGGUUUUAGGAGAAGGAGCUUAUGCCAGGGUACAAACCUGUAUCAACCUCAUCACCAACAAGGAGUACGCCGUCAAGAUCAUUGAGAAAAGACCAGGUCACAGCCGGAGCCGUGUCUUCCGGGAGGUCGAGAUGCUGUACCAGUGCCAGGGACAUAGUAACAUCUUGGAACUGGUGGAGUUUUUCGAAGAGGAAGACAAAUUCUACCUUGUGUUUGAAAAGCUUAGAGGAGGGUCCAUCUUGGCCCACAUUCACAAGAGGCAGCGCUUCAGUGAACAGGAAGCCAGCCUUGUCGUGCAGGACAUUGCGAGUGCUUUGGAUUUCCUACACAACAAAGGAAUGGCACAUAGAGACUUGAAGCCUGAAAAUAUUCUCUGUGAAAGUGCAGACAAGAUUUCUCCUGUCAAAAUCUGUGACUUUGACUUGGGAAGUGGGAUCAAGUUGAACAGUGACAGUUCUCCGAUCUCCACCCCAGAGCUCCUCACACCAUGUGGUUCUGCUGAGUACAUGGCUCCAGAGGUGGUGGAGGCCUUCAACGAGGAGGCCACCAUCUACGACAAGCGCUGUGAUCUGUGGAGUCUGGGGGUCAUCCUGUACAUCAUGCUGAGCGGGUACCCCCCGUUUGUGGGCCGCUGUGGGGGCGACUGUGGCUGGGAACUGGGGGAGCCCUGCCACACCUGUCAGAACACCCUAUUUGAAAGCAUCCAGGAAGGAAAAUACGAGUUCCCAGAAAAAGACUGGGCUCACAUCUCCUCAAGUGCCAAAGACCUCAUCUCCAAACUUCUGGUUCGAGACGCCAAAAACCGACUGAGUGCCAGCCAGGUGCUGCAGCACCCCUGGGUGCAGAGGGGUGCUUCUGAGAUUCUGCCAACCUCCAUCCUGCAUCAAAGAACCAGCAUCACCCGGGACCUGACCUUCUUUGCGGACAAAGCCAUGGCUGUGAACAGGCAGCUGGCGGAGCAGGAUGGGAUGGAGGAGCAGCAGCAGCAGGACGCUCCCUUCGUGGUCACAGCGAGUGGGUCGUCCGUGCGUCUCUCUCCUCCAUCGAACUCCAAACUCGCCCGGCGCCGACAGAGGAAUAGCCAGCCCAAAACAGGCCCUGUGUCGGCGGCGGAGCUCCGAAAGCUCCUGGCUCCUCUGGUCAUUGUGGGGGACUGUGCCUGACCUCAACGGGACUGUCCAUCAGAGCUGAGACCAGACGACUGCCCCGCAUCCCGCACUUUCCCAACUCCACCCCCUCCCCUCUCGACUCCACCCUCUCCUGACCCCGCCCCCUGAGCCUGGCCCAGCUCUGCCUCGUCAAUGCCUUCUGCACUUCUGCAGCACUUCUGAAGCACAAAGACAUGUGCACGCUCAUGUUUGGGGCCAGGGUUCAUUUGGGUGGGACAUUUCCUAAAUUAUAAAUAUUAUUUUUCAUACAACAGUUUGGAAGAAAUGGGACACUUUCUAAGACUAAGACACCAAAGGACUCGUUGUGCUGCUCCCACGUUACAACUGGAUCCACUGUGAAUUUAAGUUAUGGGAUGUUCUGCCUGUAUGUAUCUGCAUGUAAGCCCUAUCUGCACAUACGUACACGCUUAUGCAAUACUACGCCAUGAAGUCUUUGAAUGGAUUCAGUCGAAGGUCUAAGGGCUGUGAGCCACUGCUGCCCGUGCCUGGAGCAGUUUUUUUUGUUUAAGUUUGUGUAAAGAUGAACAUAUUGGCCGUGCACUUAAAAUGAGAAUGUUUUUUCCUGUACCCAGCCAGCCAUGACUUACUGUUGCACAAAUGUAUGCAGAGUCUACAAACCAAAUGGGCCCCAUCCUCGGUGUAUUCAGUGUUAACAUUGUGAGAGGGUCUAAGCAUGGCCACACUAUACGGCUGGAGUGAGGAAAAGUUAAAUGGAAAAUGAAACUCAGUGUUUUCAAAUGACAUGUCCCCUUUACAACCAGUACUUGUACAUUUUUUUUUCUAUUUUUUUAUUGUCCUAAUAUUUUGGCAGUAAAUGUAUGUAUCCCUGUUGGGUUUGCAAAAGCACAUUUCAGCAAAUGUGACAUUUUUCAUUUCUAUAAAACACACACAAACUUUUGGACCUUUUUUCAGGGUUAAGUUUCACUUUUCUGUGAUUCAAUGAAACCCUUUCAAAAUGAGAUGUAUGGACAAGCGAUUUCCAAGCAGCAAAUCAAAUAUGAAAAGCAAUUUCAAAACAGAAAAAAAAAAAAAAAAAAAUUAAAAAGGAAAACAUUCCAAAAAAGAAAAAAAAAAAGUCUUCCAUUGACAUUUUUGUAAUAUUUUGGAAAACUCCAUGUCAAAUGUGCCACACUGAUUUUGUUUUUGUUCUUUCUCAUUUUGGUAUGGCUUUUAAUAAGCUUUUUUUUCUAUAAUUUUUAAGCAGGUGCUGUUGAGUUCAGGUUAAACACCGGAUGUUUUCCUUAUUUUUAUAUGUUGGUGUUUUUUAAGUUCAAAGUGGUGAAUGAGGAGCGUUUGAGUUUGUCUGGAGCGUUCAGGCCCAGAGAAGGCGAGAUUUUAAGUUUUAUUUUUUAUGUGUAAAAUGCUACGGCAAUAAUCUUUUUUUGUUCUUUAAGCUAAAACUCAUAGAAACUGACGGCAAGUGGACUGAGGUCUCACAACACUGUAGUCAUUUCACCAAAGAGUAGUAUCCUUCCCCAAACUUUCCCUUCCACACUCGCCCUAUGCCCUUCCACUCUAUACAUGUUAUAAUUGGGGCUGCAUCAAUUAAUCAACUAAUCAAUAGACUAUAAAAAAUAUUGUCUUAUUUUGAUAAUUCUUAUUUGGACUUUGCAGAUUCUAAAACAUAUGCCAAAAGACAGUGGCAUUAAAUCAAAAUGUCAAAAUCUGACAUUAUUCAUUUCUAACAAAACUUUAUUCAUAAAUAUUCUACAUCUAGAAGCCUUCAGUCACCAGAUUCCAGUAUUUGGUUGAAAAUGUAUUUAGAAGACUAGUUGGCUAAGCAAAAUCAUAAUUGCUGACUAGUCUACUAAAAUGAUUAGUUGCAGCCAUCGUUGUGAUGUAGUGAUGGAGAGCAGGGCCUGUUUGGGGGAGUUUUAAUGUGAUCCAUCGACACAGUGAUAAAUCCUCUGGAAAUGGCUCUUGGUUUCACACAAGCUGUUCUGCUGAUAUAAGGACACUGUACUAGUUGGAAAUCUAUUCUACAGAUGCAUCAAUAUGGGUUUUAUGUCUUAUAGUAAGACUUACUUGAAUUUGUGUAUGCAGCUGUUUCUUCUCCAUUUGGGAAACUACUUUGCUUAUAAUUGAAGAGCAUUAAGCUGAAGAUCAAGGCAAUCUUUGGGUUUAUGAAAUACCUUUACAGUUCAGUAUUCUGCCUUCUCCCUUUUCAGCGUAAAGCGUUUAUUGUCCCUACUUUUGAUAGGGUUGGAUUCUCAGAGACGCACACACUUUGACCACACUUUCUUGUACCUGGUAUAAGACUUUUUCGGGUCAUGACCAUUUCUAUUUUUGUGUGGUGUGGCAGUGUUUUUCAGCUGCCUUUUACUGGGGAACGGGGACAGUUAUAUCAAGUCUCAGUUUUGUGUUUGUCAUUGAAGUACGGAAGAGUUCAAGUCAUUCGUCCAGAUAGACUCUGAACCUCCAUGUUGAAUGUAGCCUUGAGGCAAAGCAUUUACAAUCCAGCACCGAUCCAGUGUAAUCUCCCAGACAUGCAUCAGACCAUCUGUGGGUCCCACAUUGGAAACCGUCUCAAGACUCUCACCCCAGGCCCAUUGUACUCAAUGGAAGACGAUUGGAAUUAACUCCUUUAAUACAAAAUAUUUUUGAUUUAAAAUAAGCACUUUACUGUACCAUGUGAAUGAUUGCAGUUCACUCAAGGCAACAUUUGACAGUUGCUACAGAAUUUUGUAUUGUUUUUCUAAAAAAAUGCAAUAAAAAGCUUUGAAACAAAA